AUGUGGACGGGCUCCCCGUACUCCUUCGCCGUCCUCGAACGCCUCCUCCAAGAUCACUUCUCCGCCCCUCGCCGCCUCCUCCAGGUCCAUGCCCUCCUCCUCACCUCCGGCGCGCUCUCCACCUCCCACGCUGCCGCCACCUUCCCCUACAACUGCCUCAUCCAUGCCCACCUCCGCCUCCCCGCUUCCACCGUUACCCCGCUAUGCGGCCCCCUCCGCCUCUUCUCGACCAUGCUCGCCGCCGGCGCGCGCCCCAACGGCCACACGUUCCCUUCCCUCCUCAGGUCCGCCUCCGCCUCCGGACCAGCCACCAGGGCCCUCCACGCGCAGUGCCUCCGCCGCGGGCUUACGGCCGACCGCUUCGUUGCAUGCUCGCUCGUCAGCUCCUAUGGCCGAGCUGGCCGUCUCGCGCAUGACGCUUCUAAGGUGUUUGACGAAAUGGCCAGCCCGGAUCUCGCCUCCUCUAACGCCAUGCUUGAUGUGCUGUGUCUCGCUGGGGACGUGGCUGCGGCUAGAGUGUUCUUUGAGCGGAUGGUGGUGAGGGAUGUGGUAUCAUGGACGACGCUCAUCUCUGGGUUAUCGAGGAAUGGGUGCCACUGGGAUGCUGUCGAGAUCUUCAGGGGAUUUUUGGUGGACAACAGGGGACUGCUCGGUGAGGCCACGUUGGUCAGCGUGCUCUCGGCUUGUGCAAACUUGGAUGGUGCUGAGGGGCUUGUGGUCGGGACGGCUGUUCACGCUUAUGUCGUUCGCCAUGAGGUUGACCUCACAGCGUUCUUGGGCACGGCGUUGAUCGACAUGUAUGGGAAGUAUGGGAAGCUUGACUGUUGUAGGAGAGCUUUUCAUGCUGUAUCUGAGAAGGAGGUCUGUACGUGGAAUGCGCUGCUGUCUGCACUGGCUAAUCAUGGGAAAGAGACUGAAGCACUGGUUAAGCUCAACAUGAUGAUAGUUGGAGGGUUCUUGCCAAAUCAGAUUACAUUUCUUGCUCUACUGACAGGUUGUGCUCGAGCAGGAUUGGUGGAGAUUGGGUUAUACUGGUUCGAGACGAUGGUGACUGAAUACAAGGUGACUCCGAUGAUGGCCCAUUUUGGAUGUGUUGUGGACCUGUUAGGCCGUGCUGGCCGUUUCAUGGAGGCCAUUGAGAGGAUAGAGCGGAUGCCCUUUUUGCCUGAUGCUUCUGUGUGGGGCGCGCUUCUUGGUGCUUGCAAGCUCCAUGGAAAUGUGGAGCUUGUUGCUGAGAUUGGGCGAAAUCUAGUGGCUCUUGGUCCUCAGCAAUCCGACCGGUAUGUGACUAUCAGGAAUAUUUAUCUAGAAAAUGGGAAUUGGUGUGCUGCGACGAGAAUGGGUGAGGUGAUGCAUGACGCCGGGAUCAAGAAGACAGCAGGACAAAGUAGUGUUGUGUUUGACAGCUCUGCCAUUACUUGA